AUGUCUACUAUUGUACCACCUCGCGCCGUAGUAACCUCACAUACUGCCUCUAGCACCGCUGUCAUCUCUUCCGAUUCACAACUUCCUCUAUUCCAUCCUUUCGGCCCUUCCACAUCAGGUCUCACAACUAUUCACACCCUCCCCUCUCUCCCCGCUUCCCUCACCACCCCUAUCAUUCCUACCGCCGAACAAUCUAUUCCAAGCCCCCCUCCCGCUGGCCUAGUCGUCUGUACAAUCGAUUUCCCACCCCGUUAUAUUACCCCCACCCAUCGAACCAUCACGUGUGACUACAUGAUUGUCAUGAAAGGUGAAAUCGUACUUCGUGUUGAUGAGGGAAAGGAAACGAUUUCGAAAGAGGGAGAUAUCUGUGUUCAGAGGGGAUGCUUGGGUAUUAUUACUGGAGGCGAAAAGAUUGUUACGGCGGAUAGCCAUGCAUUGGAGCAAAGUUUUACGGCGCCAAAGCCAAGGAGUGGGUAA